AUGUUUGAUGAGGAUAUAGUUAGAGAAAAUGGAAAGAUAUCGAAAGAAUCUGAAUCAUUGGCAAGUGUUCGAACACCACAUGGCGUUGUUGAUGAUGACAAUAAUCCAAAUGAACAUAUUGAAAAACAAGACUCCAAUGAAAAACUGAAAGCCGAAGAAAAGAUCACAGAGCUGACACUGAAAAACUCCAUUAUCUCAGAAAGUAAUAUUAGGCUACAGAAGGAAAAGGAGGAAAUUUCAGCAGUUGUUGAUUCCAUAAAGAAUAAGUUGACUGAAUUCUCAUUAAAUCUACCAACUCAUACAGCUGAGGAGGGGAGUUCAGGAAGAACAGGAGAGGAUGGUCUUACUCUGAAUUCUGUACAGUACGUCGCCCUAACCAGACUAACAAUAGAAAACUCUGUUAUCUCAGAAAGCAAUAAGAGACUAUUGAAGGAAAAGGAUGAACAAACAGCAUUUGUUGAUUCCAUCAAGAAUAAGCUUAAAAAAUUUUCCACAAAUCUACCAAUUCCUACAGCUGAGGAGGGGAGUUCAGGAGGAGCAGGAGAUGAUGGUGUUAUCACCCAGCUCACCAACAUGAUCAACCAGCAUGAAGACUUGAAAAGGAACGUAAGGAUCUUGGAGGAGGAAAAUAGUUUGCAAAAAACCAAAAUAAAAAGUCUCAAGGCAACUGGAAGACAAUUGAUAAAAAGAAGUAUGGCUGAAGUCAACUUCCGCAAAGCCGAAGUAAUCUUCAUUAAAUCCAUCAAGAAUAAGUUGAAGGAAUUCUCAUCAAAUCUUCCAAUUCCUACAGCUGAGGAGGGGAGUUCAGGAGGAGCAGGAUAUGAUGGUGUUAUCACCCAGCUCACCAACUUGAUCAAUCAGAAUCAGAACUUGAAGCAGAAUGUAAGGGACUCAACACAGUUAGUUCAGGGCUUUGAGAAAGAUAAACUGAAAUAUUCAAACGAGAUUGCAAAACUAAAUGAUGAGCUAGCGGCCACCAAGAAGAAGAUUGAUGAAGUAAACCACAAAUAUAAAGAAUUAAAUUUUAAGAAUAAAAAUGAAGAGCUAAGGAGCCGUCUAUUAGGUAAUCGUCUCACUUCUACUACAGAAAAAAAUAUCUCCUUAGGUAAAACUAAAGAAAUGCUUGAAAGUAGGCGAGACAGUCUCAAGCUUGUCUUAGUUACCACAAAGAAGAAUGUUGAGAAAUUAAAUGAAGAUGAAACAAUUGAAAAUUUGACAAAGGAAGGAGAAAGCCUGCAGAAUUUGAAGGGAAACAGUUGUGAAGACAUAUUAGCUGAGAUUGAUAAAGGUUUAACUGAACACAGGACAUCAUGUAAUCUUCAAAAACAAAAACUAAGAAAUGCUGAAAAUGAAUUAUGGUGUUUAAGAGAAUCAAAUAAUAUGCUGAAAAAUGAAAUAUCCAGAAUAGAGGAGGAAAAUGAAGAGAAUGAAGAUGAAUACGAAGAUGAGUAUGAUCCCACCAUAGAAAAUCUGGAAAGAAGUAAUAGUGACCUGAUAAAUCAACUGAAUAAUUUUGCAAACUUGUGUGCUCAGAAAGAUGCUGAAAUCAAGGACCUACGUACCAGAUUGAAAAACUUUAAACGACGAAAAUACUUCAGAAGAUUUCAGCCCCAUUGGACCAACUGACUGUUCUUUUCAACCCUGUUCACCCAGAUUUACUUGGAUUGAAGUUUUAGUCCGCAAAGAAGGAGAAAACUUGCAAAUUGUUGGUCUUCACAACUUUGCUAACAAAUGGCAGAAAAUAUUCUCAGCAUUGAAAGGCGUGAAUUAAAGUUGGAAUCAAA